AAAUACAGUGUCUUGGUGCAAGAUGAGCACCGACACCCGAUAUACUUUCCUUCGUUCAUCUUCCAUCGUAUGAACAUAGCCAAACAGAUGCUGCAGCAAGCCCUCAAAGUGUCCGGUCGCAGUGCGUCCCCGCUGAUCAAGUGGAUGGAGAAGUGGGCUGAGAGCGCAGCUGGCCUGAAUAAGAUCGAGGCGGCGCACCGGAUGAAAACCCUAAAGGAGAUGCCGGGACCCACAGUCGCCAAAUUUGCCUGGGACCUCUUCGCCAAACGGGGACUGUCCCGCCUCCACGAGCUGCAGCUUGAGGGUGUGAAGCGCUACGGGCCAAUGUGGAAGGCCAGCUUCGGUCCCAUCCUGACGGUGCACGUGGCCGAACCAGCCCUGAUAGAGCAGGUGCUGAGGCAGGAGGGCCAGACCCCCAUCCGCUCUGACCUCUCCUCUUGGAAGGACUAUAGGAAACAACGAGGCCACGGCUACGGACUGCUCACAGCUGAGGGGGAGGAGUGGCAGGCGGUGCGGACUCUCCUGGGGAAGCACAUGCUACGUCCGAAGGCGGUGGAGGCCUACGAUGCGACUCUAAACGGCGUGGUAGAUGACCUCAUCACUAAGCUCCGCUUCCGCAGGCGCCAGGACCCCCGCGGCCUCGUCCCGGACAUCGGCAGCGAGUUCUACCGCUUCGGCCUCGAAGGGAUCUCCUCAAUCUUGUUCGAUUCCAGGAUUGGUUGUCUAGACCCUGUGGUUCCCAUGGAGACAGAACGUUUCAUUCAGUCCAUUAACACCAUGUUUGUCAUGACGCUCCUCACCAUGGCUAUGCCUGCCUGGUUACACCAGUUGUUCCCCAAGCCCUGGGACACUUUCUGCCAGUGCUGGGACUACAUGUUCCAAUUCGCUAAAGGUCACAUUGACCAGCGUCUGAUGGAGGAAGCGGAGAAGGUGGCGCGGGGAGAGGAGGUAGAGGGGCGAUAUCUGACUUACUUUCUGACCCGCACGGGGCUACCCAUGAAGACGGUGUACAGCAACGUCACUGAGCUGCUCCUGGCUGGGGUGGACACGAUUUCCAGCACCAUGUCCUGGUCCCUUUACGAGCUGUCUCGGCACACUGAGGUUCAGGCCUCGCUGCGGGAGGAGGUAUUGACUGUGAUGGGGGGUCGGAGGGUGCCUGGGGCUGCAGACGUGGCUCGCAUGCCCCUCAUGAAGGCUGUGGUCAAGGAAGUUCUCAGACUUUAUCCUGUUAUUCCGGCCAAUGCCAGGGUCAUCGCAGAUAAAGACAUCCAGGUCGGAGGCUACCUCCUCCCCAAAAACACUCUGAUCACCCUCUGCCACUUUGCCACAUCCCGGAAUGCAUCAUUUUUCCCGAACCCAAAUGCCUUCCAGCCCCUUCGCUGGCUGAACCGGGACGAAGGCCACCACCCCUAUGCCUCGGUGCCUUUUGGUGUGGGCAAACGCAGCUGCAUCGGCCGCCGCAUUGCAGAACUGGAGGUCUACCUGGCACUUGCACGAAUUCUGAUGCAGUUUGAUGUAAAGCCCGAUCCAGAAGGCAGUGGUGCAGCAGUCAAACCCAUGACCCGGACACUGCUGGUGCCAGAGAGUGAGAUCAACCUGCAGUUUAUUGAAAGAUGAGUCGAUGACCUGCUGAACACUAGCUAUGUGUAUUUGACUGUGACUGACAAUCCAUGUCUCUCAGAGUGAGACAGUUGGGAGCACUGGGAAAAGCAUUGCGAAAGAGGGCCCGACUGAAUUUGUAGGCCUAAACCCAUAGACCAGGCCCUCAGCCCCUCAGAUCCCAAGCCCAGUUGGUUUGGGCUGGCCUGGGUCUGAGUUGAUACAGCAGCUGAAUGAGGGGCUGAUAGAGGUCUUUGUUCAUUGAAAACCUUUAGCUCUGUAUAUGAACAGUAGUAGUUGCAUUUCCAGUGAACUGAAACUCACUUCCCACAUUUUUUGCACAAGGAGGCUUGGAGAUGGUGAAAGGAGGGUACGGCAAUAUUUCAAGUGCAUUAGAGCCUAUCUUGAAACUUCUCUCCAUGCAGAGUGAAAUGCAUAGAACUUGAAACUUUUGACUGAAACUUGAAAAGUGCAUCAGGAGAUAUUAUGUGACAUAGUACUAUAAAGCUGCAAUCAGCAGUAGAAACUAUAACAAACUGUGCCCCUCCCCUAUUUUGGUAAAAAGCUGAGGGAUGGGUCUGGAGAAAUGUAACCACUUAAAAAUUAAUAGACACAGCUAUGGAUGAUAGGACUGACCAUCCAUGAUAUCAAAAUUAUAGUUUUGAGGCCAUGUAGUGUUUAUUUACAUUUACUUUGUUACCAAACAUUGGAGUAAAACAAGCUUGUAUUUUGGGUUCUGAUGGGGUACGACAGUUGAACUAAGAUCAUGAAGCAUUUAUAAGUUGCAUUAUUCAAGAAUCAAUGGGUACAUAACAUUAAUUGAUAAGUACAAAACUGCUGAUUUUCCCCUUUAAUGACAAGUGAUUUUCCUUCUCAAUAUCAGGUUGAUCCCUCUUUUCACCUCUUAAAGAUGCAUUAUAAAGGUUUUGUAUAAUUUCAGCCAGUAGUUUUGAAAGUAGCACUUAAAGCCACAACGUGCCCUGAAAAUUGUGCACAAUGUCAUCCAUUUCGUAUGAAAUGUUACGUCCUGCAGUAUAUAUAUAUUUUUUACAAAUCUGCAAUUCGUAUGAUAUAUUACAAAUUUGUAAGUGCUUAAGAUCCAGUUCAAUCUCUUUAAACAUUCUGAUUUAUUCAAUAAUGCUCAUGAAUACAAUCACUUAUACUUACUUGUGAUUUAGAUUGUAGCAAAUGGUGUUGCCAAUGUUAUUAUCAAAGGAAUCUGAUUAACUAUAUAUGUUCCUCUCACCUAACUAGACAUCAAUUGCUAUUUGACUGUAAGAAUCCUGACCAUAGCAUGUAAUGCAAAACUAAUAUGGACUGCGACGUUGUAACUCAUUCCUUAUCUAACACAAAUGGAAAGUAUGGUGGCAGGUAGCCUAGCAGUUAAGAGCGUUGGGCCAGUAACCCAAAAGGUGCUGGUUCGAUUCCCGAGACGACUAGGUGAACCAUCUGCCAAUGUGCCAUUAAGUAAGGCACUUAACCCUAAUUGCUCCUGUAAGGCGCUCUGGAUAAGAGUGUCUGCUAAAUUACUAUAAUGUAAAAUGAAAGCAUAGCAAUCAUCGAUUGGCAGAUGCCAAUUGCAUUGACAUCUCAGUUUCAUUUAAUAAUGUUUAGGCAUUGCUGAUGAAGGUUCCUUAAAAUGCUUAGAAAUGAGUCAUGUACUAUGUUUUUAGAAGAGUGUUAUUGAAUAAUAAUAAUUUGUCAAAACUAUGAUGCUCCUAUCAGGAUGAUGCUCAUUUGGUGCUUAUAUGGUGCUUGUUAAUAUCUUCAUGAAAAAUGGCAGCUGGUGGGACUAGCAUGGUGCACCAUAUCCUCCCACCUGGGUUACUCUGUUUAAAGACAGUCUUUUUAAACUAUUUUCAACUUUUAUGAAGUCCCAAACUAUUUAGCUAAUGUGUGGUGUCUGUACCUCUUACGUCUAAAAAAUUGUUACCAGUUUUUCUACAUCUAGAACCUUACGUGACUUGUAUGAUGUGGUGCUUCUUUCUCUGUUGUAAUAACACAUUGUGGAAAACUGUUACAACAAUAUGGAACUAUUUUACUUUUCUAUUUGUUUUCUAAUAAA